CGAGGGAGGAGGUGAGAGCUGAGGGCUUGGAGGUGUCCCGGGAGAGGUGGGGGUCCUGUGGGGGUUCCUGUGCGCCCCCGGGAACCUUGGCGGAGGUGUACUCGUGGGUGAAGGCUGCCAGGACGCCCCCUAGGUGGUGGUGUUGGUGGUGGUGGUGGUGGCGGCUGUCCAGGCUCGCUACGCCCCUACGAGAGAUCACAACAUGGACUGGAAGGCAAUGAUCUCAGGCAACCAGCAGUUCAAGGAUGCUAGGAUUCUGUACUCCCUCUUAAAUAAUGAUGGGGAACUUUCAUCAAUGGAGAAGAGAGAAAUGGUAGGGUUUGACAGCAGUGAAAGGGCAUUUGAAGGAUUCCAACACCCCUUCUACUACCACCAACGCCAACAGCAGACAGCAGCAAGGGACCCUGUGGUAUUCAGUCGCCUCAGCGCUCUCACAGGGGGCGUUCCUUUCUCCCGGGGCUCCCUCAAUGAUAUGACCUUGGGAGCGUACCAACAGCAAGUCCCAGCAGCUCCCCAGGCCCCCUCACACCCUCAUAAGGAUAUUGCUAUGGGUGGGAGUGUGUAGGAUGUUUGUGUGAUGGGUGUGUCUCCUCCUCCUCUUCUUCUCCUUCUUCUUCUUCUUCCUUCUCCUCCUCGUCUUCUUCUUCCUCUCUCGUCUUCUCUUAAUUCUUCCUCGUCUAUUUCUUAUUAUUGAAUUGGUCUUCUUGU